GAGAGGAAGAGGAGCGGGGCCGGAAGCCAGCCGACGCUGCUCUCUGUGGAGAGACUGGGGAGCCUUUCGCUCCGCCCCGCUUCGUAGAAGCCAAAGGGGUGAGGGGUCAGGCCUGCGAGCUGCGGAUCAUGGCGCUAGCCUUGCGACUCUGGCGCUCCCUUCCUUUGGGACGUAGCGCUGCCCCGGGACCUCGGCUCCCGACGGGUGCUGCUGGCAGCAGGGAGCAGUGCGUUCUUUGGCGACUCCGCGGCGCUGAGGUGAUGGGAAACCCAGGAGCUUUUAAAAGAAGUCUUUUAUUCUCUGCCUUGUCUUAUUUGGGUUUUGAAACUUAUCAAGUCAUUUCCCAGGCUGCUGUGGUUCAUGCCACAGCCAAAGUCUUCAGAGUUGAAGAAAUCCUUGAACAAGCAGACUACCUGUAUGAAAGUGGAGAAACAGAAAAACUUUACCAGUUGCUAUCCCAGUACAAGGAAAGUGAAGAUGCAGAGUUACUGUGGCGUUUGGCACGGGCAUCACGUGAUAUAGCUCAACUCAGUGGAACCUCAGAAGAGGAGAAAAAGCUCUUGGUGUAUGAAGCCCUAGAGUAUGCAAAAAGGGCACUAGAAAAAAAUGAAUCAAGUUUUGCAGCUCAUAAGUGGUAUGCAAUCUGUAUUAGCGAUGUUGGAGAUUAUGAAGGAAUCAGGGCUAAAAUUGCAAAUGCCUACAAGAUCAAGGAGCAUUUUGAGAAAGCAAUUGAACUCAACCCUAAAGAUGCUACCGCAAUUCACCUUAUGGGUAUUUGGUGUUACACAUUUGCUGAAAUGCCUUGGUAUCAAAGAAGAAUUGCUGAAAUGCUGUUUGCAACUCCUCCUAGUUCCACCUAUGAGGAGGCCUUAGGCUACUUUCACAGGGCAGAGCAAGUGGAUCCAAACUUCUACAGCAAAAACUUGCUCCUUCUAGGAAAGACAUAUUUGAAGCUACACAACAAAAAGCUUGCUGCUUUCUGGCUAUCAAAAGCCAAGGACUAUGCAGCGCACACAGAGGAGGAUAAACAGCAUUGACUUUUUGAAGGGGCCAGUCCAAUUGUCUUAUAGAUUGUCCCUCAUUCCAGAAUGGCCUUACUGACAGCACUUAAGGAAACACUGUUCCGGGCUUCCCUGGUGGCGCAGUGGUCGAGAAUGCAGGGGACGCGGGUUCACGCCCUGGUCUGGGAAGAUCCCACGUGCUGCGGAGCGGCUGGGCCCGUGAGCCACGGCCGCUGAGCCUGCGCAUCUGGAGCCUGUGCUCCGCAACGGGAGAGGCCGCAGCAGAGAGGCCCGCAUACCACAAAAAAAAAAAAAAAAGUGUUCCAUCUUAUUUUCAGGGACUCAAGUUAAUUAUAUGUAUAUUAGAUCUUUGCCUUUUGUAUUUAUCACUUCUCUAAUUUUUCUUUUACCUCUCAGUUUCAUUUUCUUGGCUUCUUUCAUUUCUAUCUUCCAUGUCCCUUAUUUUUUUUAUGUUUUCUUCCUUAGAUACUGUUUGUCUUCACUUCUGAGAUGUUUUUGUCUUUUUCUUCAAUUUUUUUUUCCUGAUUGACUUCAGUUAACAGGCAUUUCACAUCCUCAUGUUGUUUGUCCAGUUUUGAAUUUCUAAUUUGGAUUUUUUCGUGUCUGUAGUUAUUUAUUUAUAUUUAAUUCAUACUAGUAUAUUGUGCUUAAGAAUUUUACUGUUUUCUCUGUGUUGAGCAUUUUCAUCUGAAAUUUCCUCAUUUUCAGUUUUCACUUUAUUUAGAGUGACUUUGAAUGUUAUUUUUUGGAGGUGUGACUUUUUGUGUGUGCUGAGUUACCAGCAACACCAGGUUAUCAAAUGGGGGAGGUAAGGGGUUUGGAUUAGUUCAGUAAUAAAUAUCCUGUACUACACAGUUUUUGUAAAAUAAGGUAUCUAUCUUUCAGUAGUAAAGCCUUUUAUGGAGGGGAGGCUCUGUCUUUGAUAUUAUAUAGGGCUUUAAAAAAAUUUUUUUGCUUUGAAAUAUAGAUUCAUAAGAAGUUGUCAAAAAAUAGUACACAGAGAGGUCCUGUGUAUCCGUCCCUCAGUUUGCCUCAGUGGUAACGUAACUAUGGUACAAUAUCAAAACCAGGAAACUGUACAGUCCACAGACCUUAUUCAGAUUUUACCACUUUUAAGUGAUCUCACUUGUGUGUGUGUUCUGUGCAGUUUUGUCACGUGUAAAUUUUUGUAACUGCCACAAUCAAGAUACAGAACUGUUCCAUCACAAAAAUUCUUAGUGCUAUGCCUUUAUAGUCAAACCCAUUCCCUGCCAUCAUCCCUAAGUCUGACAACCACUUAUCUGUUCUCUAUAAUUUUGUUAUUUCAAGAACAUUAUAUAAAUGGAUCAUACAGAAUGUGACCUUUUGGGAUUGAAUUUUUUCAUUCAGCAUAACUCCUUUUUGAGAAGCAUCUAAAUUCAGUCAGUAGUUCCUUUUUAUUGUUGAUUAUAUUUCAUUGUAUGGGUGUACCAGUUUAUUUAACUAUCCACCUUAGGCCAUUUAAGCUGUUUCCAGUCUGGCUGCUAUGAACUUAAGGCUGAUAUAACUAUAUCAACAAAUUUUAAUCUCUGUGGGAUAAACAUCCAGAAGUGUGGUUGCUGGGUCUUUUAUAGAGCUGCUAUCUUUUUUCUCUCUUUACAAUGCAAUAGCUGCCUUCUCCAAAACGUGGUACUUUCCCAAGAUUCUGAUUAUGUGUGCUUCCUCAACCUCUUUCUUUUGAGUUCCCAGGAGUCUGAUUUACCAGUUCUCACACUGGUUCUUCGCAUUUCUCCACUCAGGGUGGGAUCUACUACUUCCGGGAAUGAACCCUGAGACCCCAUUAUAUUCUCCUUCCUGUGCAGUCCCUACUUGACUUGGUUCUUGAGUGUUCCAGAGCUGACUGCUAGUUUGAGAUGCCUUUUUCUCCACAUACAUGUAAACAGAAGUUUGUAGUUUUCUGUCUUUUAAACAUACUACAGACAUGGGCUGUGGGUGAUUAUAACUGCCUCUUAUGCAUCUGUUUCCUUUUAAGAAUGAGAGAAGAAAUCUGAUUUGGAAUGUGGCUGUUAUCCUACUAUAAUCUGAAAGCUCUCAAUUAACUCCUUGUUACCAGAAAUUUUCCUAUCUGAGUGUUUAAUCAUAGACUGUGGAACAGCUGUGGACUUUGUAAAAAUGACUUCUCUCAGACUGACUUUUUAAAAUAAACAUAAUUACAAGGAGCAAACAAAACAACAAAAAAAACAAUAACCUAAUGGAAUUGUGAGGAUUAAAGAACAUGUAUUUACCAUGAGUAUCGGUAAAUAUUUAAAAAUGCUAUUAUCAUCUGAUUGUGUUCUCCUUGGUCAAGACUGGGGAGAGAAAAUUUGGAAUUUAGGAGAUGCCUCUUUUGUUCCAAUUUCAGUAUACGUGCUGCCAAAGUGAGGCCCUUUUGGACUUUUACUCUUUGUUGAUUGGGGGGUGGUUUCCCCUUUUAUUUUUUUGUUGUAUUCAUGUGGUGUUCACUAUACAACCUGUUUGGACUGUACCUGGGCAUUACUGGGAAGAAAAAAUAGGAGGGGUUGAUUACUUUGGCAAGGGCCAUGAAGUUUAUUUAACGAAUGUCCUGUUCUGGCCCAUUGCACUGCCCUGUAUGUUUCUCUGUCUUGUGACUGAAGAGUAUACACUAGGUACAAAGGAACCUCAUUAAGGUAAAGGCUCCUCUGAUGAGGUCUGGGCUUUUCCCUUGAGAGACAGACCAAAUCCCCAGUAGACUUCAAGUUUGGCUUUUAAGUUCAGUGGACUUAUAAAAGAACCUUUAUUGUCUCAUCUGCCUAUUUCAACCGGAGAUGAUUUCUGUUCGACUUCUGUAAUGCCCACUAGAGGAUCUUAGGUUCAGCCAAAUAUUAAGACUCAAAAAGCCCACAGUAGGCUUCAUCUGGCCCCAAUUUACUCAGAAGGACAGAAACCAUAGCUCACCCAGCAGGUCAAUGUCAGGCCUCCUUACAUUCAAAAGAUGACCUUACAGCAGCAGUCUGUGUAGCAGCAUAUCCAUGCAGCUCCCAGGAGUAUCAUCUCCCCAGGUGACAGCGCAGGAAUCUCAAAGGGAAAUACAGUUACAAGUUUCCAUAUUCUGGGAAGUCCACAGCUAUGGUUUCGUAUUAAGUGCCUGGAGUUUUCCCAGUCCAGAUGCAACACACCAGUCGGGCCAUUUUAAACAGAAGCAGCAUUGCCUGACAUUGUUGGCCCAUACCACCCUAUCUAGUUUUGAGAACUGGAAAAGCUAGGUGGCUGACCUAAGGCUGGAGGGCAAAGAGUUUUGUUAACCCUUUUGACUUUAACUGCCCUGGAAGUACUAAAAACAAAAACACCACUUGUAGCUUCUUUUCCUGUAAGACAAACAACUAAUCUGAUUGCUGAAACUGUGUUGUGCCUGUGACCCACUGACUGGGCUGUUUAGUGGUGGUGGUGGUGGGUAGUGGCACUGAAAUGAAGUGACAGUAUAAACCUGUUUCUGAGCCUCCCUCGUUUGCUGAUUUCCUCAUGAAGUGUCUGUGUUCAGGCACAGUGAGCCCUGCACUUCUAAUUUCUCUGCCUGGCCCAGCACAGGACAGGGAUGGGAAGGGGGGGAAAAACAAGUCUCAGGUUUCUCUCACUGACACUGAGUAGGUAUAUCAAGACAAUAAAUCCUGCCUAUAGGUCUGGAUUUCUACAAUUAAUAUGAAAGAUAGAAGGACCUGUUAAGUUCUCCAAACCAGCCUUCUCCAGAAAGCUGGUUUGGUCUCUCCGUAGGCUCUGUGUAGCCUCAUCUGUUGUAUGGUAAUUUCUUACCUUAAGUGAGAAGGGGGGAUGGGCACCCUGAAAGCUUCCUGUCUUCAUUCCAAUGUGCUACAUGAUGUUCUCUCAAGCCUCUACUGAAUGACAGUAACUUCUGUCAGCAAACUUCAUCAGCUGUGGUACUUUCAUGGUAUAAUUUAAGCAGCCCUUUUGAAGACUAGUCACCCUCUAUUGCAUAGUCUGUUCUGUACAUUAGUUUUCUUGUUUUUUGUUUGUUUUUUAUUCAUUAGGCAUGAAAAUAACUAGAACAUUAAUAGUGAGGAUUUGGGAAAAGAGUCUAUUCAAGCGAGGGGAUCACGGACUUUAUUUCAUCUUUACUGUGGAUUCUGAAUAAAAAUGCAGAAGACCAUCUAAAUUAAUAUGUAGAAAAAUAAAAUUUUGGCAAAACAAAAACUACUGUUUAGGGAAGUUAAAUUGUAUACUAGUAUCUUUUGUAUGUACUUAGUAGUGAAAUAUGUUACAGGUAGCAUUCUAAGAUGUCAGUUCCAUGGUUGUAAAAAAAAAAUUUUAAGUUAAUGAAAUUUACAGUACAUACUGAAAUAAUGCUACAAGUGGAAAUUUAAAUUUUUAUAUUAAUAGGGAAGCCCAGCUUGCUAAAGCAGCAUUAAUAUUCACAUCAGAUUUUAACUUGUUAUACAUUUUUGUAGUUCAGUAAAUGUCCUUGAUAAUGAAAAACAAAGUGUUAUUGGAACAAAAAUAGUAAUCUAUGUAAAAAGGAGGGGGGAGACCAAAAUAUUUUUUAUAAGCUUAUUCAGAUACAUGGAAUUUUCAUGAAUUUAAGAGGAAUGAAGAUAUGCAAACAGUAACAGAAAAUCAGUAGACUUGAGUUUUCAAAUGCUUAUGUAAGUCUUCAAUCCAUCUGGUUUUAUGAAACCAAAACUUGGAACACAAACAAAAGCAGAAAAGUUCACAUUACCUUUUUAUAUGUUCCUAAGUAUCAAAUCGCAUCAAUUUAUUAUGAAUUUAAAGAACAUCACAUAUUUUAAAACUAAAGUACAGAAGUGCCUGAUUCUUUUUAAUUCCACAAAUACCUAGCAUCCCAAAGUAACAUGUAAACAAACCUCUAUGCUACUCAGUGAAUUCUCUCCAAUUUCUAGAAUAAACUAAAUGGUAGUAGAUCUAGUAUAUGACUUUCAUGUAAGUUACGGUUUCAUUCAUGACUCUGACUAUAUUAGAGAUGUAGCAAAGAGGGAAAAUUUUCAACUACUGUAUUUAUUUAAAACAAACUGACAGGUUCAAGCACCCAUCUUAAGAAAAGCCAGCAGCAUUUUUUAACAUAUUCAAAGUAAGAUUUUGGCCUAAGCCCUUAAUACCUUCCUGAACAGCCAUGCAACAAAACACCCUCAAGAGGUGUUACAAA